AUGGAACUCUCGUGGAUCAGAAUUACGUGGAUUGUGGUGAUCGUUUCUGUUUUGGAUAAAAGGGUAGACUCCAAUGAAAUCUUGGGCCUGAAAAUACCCAACGGAGAGCCCAUUUUGAACGCCAAUACGGUAUGUCUGACGUUACCCGGUUUGACGCGGCGCCAACUAGAGGUGUGUAUGAGAAAUCCAGACGUGACCGCUUCGGCGAUUCAAGGGAUCCAAAUAGCCAUCCACGAGUGUCAGCAUCAGUUCAGAGGGCAUCGCUGGAACUGCUCCAGUCUGGAAACAAGGAACAAAAUACCAUAUGAUAGCAUAGUCUUCAAAAGAGGUUUCAAGGAGAGUGCUUUUGCUUACGCCAUCGCCGCAGCAGGGGUGGUCCAUGCCGUGGCCAAUGCGUGCUCUAUGGGGAAACUCAAGGCGUGCGGUUGUGACGCUAAACGGCGCGGAGAUGAAGAAGCUUUUCGACUUAAACUCCACAGGUUGCAGAUAGAGGCCAUCCACAGAGGGAAGGGGAUGGUGCACGGGGUGAUGGAGCACUUCCCAGCAGAACUGCCCAGCGCCCAGGACUCGUGGGAAUGGGGCGGAUGCAGUCCCGAUGUGGAAUUCGGAGAGAAGUUUUCAAGGGACUUCCUGGAUUCGCGAGAGACGUACAAAGAUAUCCACGCAAGAAUGAGGCUGCAUAAUAACAGAGUGGGAAGACAGGUCGUUAUGAACCACAUGAGGAGGAAGUGUAAGUGUCAUGGGACUUCCGGUAGCUGUCAGCUGAAAACAUGCUGGCAGGUCACCCCUGAAUUCAGAGUAGUGGGCUCCAUUUUAAAACAACGCUUCGACUACGCCACGCUCAUCAAGGCUCACAACCGGAACACGGGUCAGCUGGACCACUCUCACCACGGCAACAAUCACCACGGAAACAGCCACGACUUCCACCAUAACAACCAUCACCACAAUAACCAUCGGCAUCACCACCACCACCAUCGCCGGCGACCAAACUCCAACGAAUUAGUCUACUUUGAAAAGAGCCCCGAUUUCUGCGAUAGGGACUUAAGUUCAGACUCAGCUGGGACUCUGGGUCGAAUUUGUAACAAGACCAGUCCUGGUAUGGAUAAUUGCGAAAGUCUCUGUUGUGGGAGGGGCCAUAAUAUCCUCCAGCAAACGAGGAGUGAAAGAUGUAAUUGCAAGUUCCACUGGUGUUGCUAUGUGGUGUGCGAAGAAUGCCGAAUAACAGAAUGGGUCAGUGUCUGUAAAUGA